UGUGGUCGAAGGGCGUGACGUGAUUGGCGAUGUAGACGCGGGCACGGAGGCUGCGCUGCCGGGGGUCGCUCUGCCGCACCAGGAGGCCCAGCACCGAGCACAUCACGCGCACGACGAACCUGCGGGACGGACGGAGAGGUGGUGAGGCAGGCAGGUGGGCGGAGGGACAGAGCGACACCCGCAUCCCCUCCCUCCCUCCUCCGCCCAGGCCCGGGUGCCUCACCUGCGCGGGGCGCUGUCCGGCAGGGCGCAGCUGACCAGGAAGACGUGCAGGCCGACGAAGAGCCGCAGCAGCAGCAGGCACAGCCCCACCGGCGCGUACACGAGCAGCGACAGCAGCAGCAGCCCGUCGCUUGGGAGCCUGGGGGGGGGGAGGGAGAGGGAGGCGGUGAGCGGGGCUUGGGGCGGCCGGGGGGGGCGGCGGCCCCGGAGCCCUCCCGUGCCCCUCCGCCACCCACCGGUGCGAGUCGAAGAGGCGGCCCGCCUCGACUGGAGCCGCGGAAGGCGGCGGCGAGGGGUCCAUGGCGGCGCCCGGUCUCCCUCCCUCUCUCCCUGCCUGUCCGUCUCUCUCUCUCUGCGGCUCGGCGCCCCUUCAGCGAGAGGCGGCGGCGGGGCCUGGCGUGGCUGGGGCCUCCCUCUCCUCCCGGGCCUCAGCGGCCAUCUCGGUCAGGCCCGCUCGGAGGGGGAAGCGCGUCAUCUCUGCGGCCUCCUGGCCCCGGCCUCGAUGCGCGCGCAGGCGCCUCCUCCUCCGGCCCGGCGGACUACGGUUCCCGGCGUGCACCGCGCCAAGACUCGGUCGCCCCAGGCUGCUUGAAGGAGCCAGCGCCGGGGCAGCGCAGGCGGCUGCUCGGCGGACGGGCGAUCGAGCCGGGAGAGCGGGCAUGGCGGCGGCGCGGCUGGGCUUGUGCGUGGGGGCUGCGUGGGGCGAGCGCGCCCACGCGGCAGGGGUCUCGGCGCUGGGGCUGCUAGCCGGGCGAGGCGGCGGCGGAGGGAGCCGCAGCUGUAGCUGUAGCCGCCCCGGCCCUGGCCCUUCCUUCGGCCCCUCCCCGCGCCGGCGCUGGGCAUGGCUAGCGGCGGGGGUGGCGGGGGGGUGGCGGGGGCGCUGUUGCUCUGGGGGGGUCGCGAGAGGGGGGCCCCCGCGGGCUGCCUCUCGCUCGCCCUCCAUCCGCUGCGCGCCGCCGCCCUCCUCGCCGCCGCCGCCGCCUGCUCCGGGCUCCCCGCGGGCCACCUAUAACUUCAUCGCCGACGUGGUGGAGCGGACGGCGCCGGCCUUGGUGUACAUCGAGAUCCUGGGCAGGCACCCGUUCUCCGGCAGGGAGGUGCCCAUCUCCAACGGCUCCGGCUUUGUAGUGUCUGCAGACGGGCUGAUUGUCACCAAUGCCCACGUGGUGGCAAACCGGAGGCGGGUGCGGGUGCGCCUGGCCAGCGGGGAGGAAUACGACGCGGUUGUGCGGCAAGUGGACCAGGUGGCAGACAUUGCCGCCAUCAAGAUCGACGCUAAGCACCCUCUGCCCAUGCUGCCCCUGGGCCGCUCUUCUGACGUGCGCCAGGGGGAGUUUGUGGUUGCCAUGGGCAGCCCCUUUGCCCUGCGGAACACCAUUACUUCUGGCAUCGUCAGCUCAGCCCAGCGGGGGGGCCGGGAGCUGGGCUUGGCCGCUUCUGACAUGGAGUACAUCCAGACAGACGCUGCAAUUGACUUUGGGAACUCCGGGGGACCUCUUGUCAAUCUUGACGGUGAGGUGAUUGGUGUGAACACCAUGAAGGUGACCCCUGGGAUCUCGUUUGCCAUCCCCUCUGACAGGCUGAGAGACUUCUUGGAGCAGGAGAAGAGGCGCAAGGACUCCUGGUUCAGCAGCACGGAGGAGGGCAAGAGGCGCUACAUUGGGGUGACGAUGCUGACCCUGACAUCCAGCAUCCUGUCUGAGCUGAGGAUGAGGGAUCCCACCUUCCCCGACAUCUCCUAUGGGGUCCUCAUCCACAAGGUGAUCAUUGGCUCUCCGGCACAUCAGGCUGGUCUGAAGGCAGGUGACGUGGUCGUGGAGAUCAAUGGGAAGGCGUCCCGGCGGGCAGAGGACGUCUAUGAGGCAGUGCACAGCCAGGCGCACCUCACCCUGCUGGUACGGCGUGGCUAUGAGGCCCUGCUGCUGACCGUCACUCCAGAAGUUGCUGAAUAGGAGGUGGGGGUGUCAUUUUGGGUCCUUGCUUGGAAACAGACUUCACCUUCAACACGGAGAGGACCAACGCUGACCUCUGCUCCCGUAGAAGACGGGGCUGCCUGUGCCCAAUAGCAGGGGCUGGCGACAGCCCCGCAGGCGCGGAAAGGCAGCUUGAUGGAUGACUUGUUCAGUUGCUAAACAGUUCCUUUUUCAUGGUGCGGGUCCUUCAGGGACAAGUGACCUCAGCUGCCUGUUUCUUGGGUGCUUCACUCACAGGCUGCCCCCCUCCCCGCCAUGCUCAGAAUCGCAUGGCAAGCCAAGACCAGAGGGCCCAGCUGGCCCGACCUCCCACCCCUGUGCCUUCCACUCGCUGGGAACGCAGCACUGUGCAGUGGGAAUGCAUAAGAAUGUUCUCUUGUCAGCUACGGAGAAGCGGCUGAGAGAGAGGAUGGGGUCUCUGGCUGCAGAAGGUGGCGUUAAGGGGAGGGGGAAGUGGAGACUGGGAGGAAAGGGGGCAGUGGUGCUGUUGAUAGGAUGGAGUCCUCUGCCCUCCUGCGUGCCGUGAAGGACUACAACCAGGACUAGAACCCUGUCCUGCGACAACUCUCAGCCCGCUGCUAGGGCUGGUAGCAGAGGCAGGUGAGAGGGAUGUGCACCGUGGCCUUUCCCACUCCCCCUCAGUUUUGCUCAAAUAAAUAAAUCCCACAUUUUACAA